AUGGCGGGGUGGCUCAAGUCCCUGGGUUCGGUGGUGCGCAGCACCGGCAAGGCCAUCGACUCGCUGGGCCUGGCACUGCAAGGCUCCCUCGGCUACCGGGAGACACUGUCAAAGGCCCAGACGGUGCUCCCAUACGCUGGCGCCAAGCCGGCUAUCGCGGACAGCGUGUUCAUCGCCCCUUCCGCCAGCGUCAUCGGCAAUGUCACCCUCGGCAGCGGCAGCUCCGUGUGGUACGGCACCGUGCUCCGAGGCGACGUGAACAGCAUCAGCGUGGGUGAGAAGACCAACAUCCAGGACAACGUGUUGGUGCAUGUGGCCAAGCACAACGCUGCGCACCAGGAGCUGCCCACCCGCAUCGGGUCCAGCGUGACAGUGGGCCACGGCGCGGUGAUCCACGCCGCCACGCUGGGCGACCGCGUGGUCAUCGGCAUGGGCGCGGUGGUCAUGGACGGCGCGGUGGUGGAGCCCGAGUCCAUCGUGGCCGCCGGCGCGCUGGUCACCCCGGGCACUGUGGUCCCCUCGGGCCAGGUCUGGGCGGGGAGCCCCGCCCGCUUCCUGCGCGACCUGGCCCCCGGCGAGGCCGAGUUCAUCGCCGCCGCCGCGGAGGACUACGCCCGCCUGGCCGCCCACCUGAGCGUCUCGCGGGCGGCCCCCAGGGGGCAGGGAGGUGUGCAGGAGAACGGUCCGCAGGGGCGGUAG